AUCUCUUCAAGUGUGGGAGCAGACAGGGAAACGGCACAGCGAGGUCCUCCGAGAACAGCAGGGGCAGAAAGGCGGGUCCAAACUCGGGGGUGCCCUGCGCUACCCUAGUACUGUCAUCCUGUGGGUUACGUGCGAUCAGGAUGUCCUGGACCAGCGACUAGACAGACGAGUAGAUGACAUGAUAGAACGCGGCCUCCUGCAGGAGCUCAAGGACUUUCACGCUGACUACAACAGGCAGCGGCUGAAGGAGGGGCAGCUGGCUGAUUACACCAAGGGCAUUUUUCAGAGCAUUGGCUUCAAGGAGUUCCACCAGUAUCUUGUGCUGUCUGAAGAGGAGCAGCAGACUGAGGCUGGCAAGAAGUUGUAUAAAGCAGGAGUUACGUCACUAAAGCAGGUGACAAGACGGUAUUCAAGAAGGCAACUGAAAUGGAUCAAGCACCGGUUUCUUCUCCCAGCUGACCGUCAGGUUCCACCUGUCUUCGCCCUAGAUGGCUCUGACCCAAGCAAGUGGGACGAGCAAGUGCGGCUCCCGGCAGAGGGUGUUGUGCAAGCGCUAGCAGAGGGAAGACAGCCAGAACUCGAGACUGCCAAUAUGGUUAAAGAUGAAGAGGAAGUCCAUCGAGGUGACAAAACGCGAUAUGAAUGUGAUGUCUGCGAGCGUGUCGUGAUUGGAAAGAUCCAGUGGCGGGCUCACGUACGUGGCGCAAAACACAAGAAGAUGCAGAAAAGACAAACACUCCUCCAGAAAAAUGACAAGAAAGAAAUGAAUGUAUGAAAAGAUAUUUUAAAACAAUGCAUUUGCUUGUGAAAAAAUGGCUAUUUUAUAUCUAGUCAUUCUCAUUGGUACAAAAACAACAUAAUUAGCAAAUUCAAGCUAUUAUGUAUUGGAAGAGAGAUAUACAUUUAUGUAUAAAAAGUCUUAACCAUUUU